AUAACUAUUCGAACUUCAAGUGCUUUUAGGAUGGGGGUGGGGGUCCUCUGUGAUGUAACUGUGCUUAAAAAUGGCGAAGGAGUUUUGCCUUUUAAGGGGCUGUAUGGGGAUAUUCGUCCAAGUACGCAAGGUCCAUGUGUCUGCAGUUGUUGCAUCUGAAGCUGGGCAGAGGCUGAAGAAGUUUGACAUUUACCGAUGGAACCCAGAUAAACCUGAGGAGAAACCUCAGAUGCAGCAGUACUCUGUAGAUCUGAACACAUGUGGGCCCAUGAUUUUGGAUGCACUUAUUAAAAUAAAGAAUGAAGUGGAUCCUACGCUUACUUUCCGGCGUUCAUGUCGAGAGGGUAUCUGUGGUUCAUGUGCUAUGAACAUUGGUGGUGUAAACACACUGGCUUGCAUCAGCAAAAUAGACACCAAUCUUAGCAAGUCUAGCAAGAUCUACCCAUUGCCACAUAUGUAUGUUAUAAAGGACCUGGUUCCUGACAUGAAUAACUUCUAUACCCAGUAUCAUUCUAUCCAGCCAUGGCUUCAGCGCAAGGAUGAAAAAAAGACUGGAAAUCGGCAGUACCUCCAAUCAAUUGAUGACCGCAAGAAACUGGAUGGUCUGUACGAAUGCAUCCUCUGUGCAUGCUGUAGUACAUCAUGCCCAUCCUACUGGUGGAAUGGAGAUAAAUAUCUAGGACCAGCUGUUCUCAUGCAGGCUUAUCGGUGGAUCAUUGACUCGCGUGAUGAAGCAACAGAAGCGAGGCUUGGCAAACUGAAAGAUCCAUUUUCUGUAUACCGUUGCCACACAAUUAUGAACUGCACCCGAACUUGUCCGAAGGGUUUGAAUCCUGGAAAAGCUAUUGCUGAAAUCAAAAAACUUCUAUCAGGAAUUGCAAAGAAGGAUGCUCCAGAUUUAAAUACAGCUGCUUUGCAGAAUUAACUGCAUACUUCUUCAUUGUAAUGCAAUCAUACCUUCAUAUUUAUUCAUUACAAUGAAGUAAGAAAGUGUAGAACAGUACCUGGAUAAUAAACUGAUGUGCACAUUUGUCUUGAUAGAUAUGUACUUCUAAACAGAGUAGUUUCGUGUGAACAUAAAAGGGUAUAAUAAGCACUUGUUGCAUUGAAUCUUGAUCUAGAAAUAUUCUGUAAUUAAUAAAAUGUUUUGUAGAGAUUAGA